CCUAAUUUUGGUCCGACUAUCGUGAAGGAGACAAAUUUUGGACAAAAUCAUUUACUUAACGCUGCUAUUAGCACACAGCGUGCUAUGAAAGCCGUGUGUGUGCCCUAGGCAUACAGAAAAUAUCUAGGGUACUGCAUAUUCGUCUUACUGGGCUUCAGGCUGGAAAUGCCCCAUGUGGUGGAACAAGAGCAUUUGCCUCUGUUCGAUGUAAUCCAGGAGAACGGGGACAAACGAAGAGGCCACGUCCUGUCAGUAAAUGAUGAAAAAGUAUACGUUCACUAUGUAGGCGCCGAUAAACGACUCGACGAAUGGCUACCGGGAGAUCGAGUUACGCGUGUUUCUGACCCGUCUACAGAGAAUCAGACCAAGAAGAGAAAGCGCAGCAACGACGACGAUGACGGAUCCAGCCGCUCAGAUGAACAAACGUCUAACUCUCCUGUCAAGCUGACCGUGACUGAAGAGGAGCUGGACAGCCAGAUUCGUGAGAGGAUGACAGAGCAGAGGAACUUCGAAAAGGUCGUAUUUGGGGACUAUGUUAUAAGGACAUGGUAUUUCUCUCCCUAUGCGACGAACGAGAAACCUGAUCCGCCGGGCGACCAGGAGUCUCAACAGGACCCUCCGAUAGACCAUGCGAGAACUCAUAUUGUACGGCGGUCGACGCUGCCAACUCAGGGAAGAGCGGUGGAUUUUGCUCGUGGCACGGCGAGGGCUACUGGGCUUGAAAAGUCUGUGUUGUAUGUUUGUGAUAUGUGCUUCAAGUACACGACGGAUGGUAUGACUUGGGAGCUUCAUAAGAAGCAUUGUACGAUGUCGUUUCCACCGGGUCGAAAAGUCUAUCAGCGUGGAGCGCAUACUAUCUGGGAGGUUGACGGUGCUGUUGCGAAGUUGUACUGUCAAAAUCUGUCAUUAUUCGGAAAACUCUUCAUCGACACCAAGACCAUAUUCUUUGAUAACGAAAGUUUCAUGUUCUACAUCCUUACCGAGGGGACAUCAGGCGCUGACCAUGUUAUUGGGUACUUUUCCAAGGAAAAAAUCUCAUUCGACGACUAUAACCUGGCGUGUAUCAUCACUUUCCCACCCUGGCAACGCAAAGGCUUCGGCAUGCUGAUGAUUGAAUUUAGUUACGAAUUGUCUCGUCGUGAUGGCAAGAUCGGUUCGCCUGAACGACCUCUGUCCGACUUGGGCCUGAGAAGUUAUCUAGCGUACUGGGUUGCUACCCUCGUUAGAUUUUUCAGACGUCUGUUGACUGUGAUGCCCAUCGGCUCCACGCAAAUUAUCACUAAAGGUCAUCCCCCAGAUCUGCGAUCUCCAUCUACAGAGGCGUCUGAAGAUGGAAUUGGGGUCAAGCGGAAAAAGAAGCAUAUAGGCUGGGAUGGAGAGCUUCAUGCGAACGGGAUGCUCAAUUCAGUCGAUGAUGAGCUAUUCUCAUCCCUUCGGACGUUCGUGACGAAACUGCUCCCCAGUGGAGGAGCAACCACGGACAUUACCUUGGAGUGUACUCUGCAGGAUAUUGCUCAGGCGACUAAUCUGCGAGUGGACGAUACGGCUUUUGCUAUGAAUGAGGUGGGGUUGCUGGUUAGGCGACUUCGGCUUGAGGAGGGGGAGAAGGAAGGUCCGAAGGAUAUGAUUGUACUUACGAGGGAGAUGGUUGAGAAGGUUGCGGAGGAGAGGAAUGUCAAGCAGCCUUGUUUGGAUCCUCAGUAUCUCUGCCGGUGAGCUUGGUGUAUGUUUUUCGUAUGUUGUAAUAGUUGGAGACUGUAUUUUUUUCAUACAAAGAAAGUAUAUUAGACCUUGUAGAAGAUGAAUGUUAUUAAUUUCUGCCUGAGUCUGUGGUGCC